CGAAAACAUGACCCCCUCAAAGGAAAAUAAUUGCACAAAUUCGCAAUACAAUUCGGAGAAGGGAGUCGUUGUUUCUUGCUAUAUUCACGAAACCCCACAUUGAUUUCUUCAGGGAUUUGAGUUCUUUUGGUAUAAAUCCUUGUCGGGUUAUUAAGAUAUUAGUAUGAGUUUAACAUUAGCAAUAAUCAAAUAAAGGGGAAUAUUAGAAGAGAAAUUUGAUAAAGUGUAGCACAAUAUGUAUCGGCCUGUGCCUACUAGUACCCGAGGUGGGGUACCUACAGAUAGUGGAGAUCCUGUGGUGACAUUGGACCAGGUUCCAUGUUGGAGUAAUGCUGAAUUUAGGUAUGUAUAUGAGGAUGAAGAUCCUACUAAUUCGUACUUUCCGGAUCCUUUGGCAUCUGUUUCUGGGUCUGAGGGCAACGCUUGUGGCAUGGUUUCCAAGUUUCCCGUGGAUCACGAGAUUAACUCCAAGAUAUACUUGUGGAGAGGAGACCCUUGGAAUCUCGAGAUAGAUGCUGUCGUUAACUCUACUAAUGAGAACUUAGAUGAAGCUCACAGCAGCCCAGGAUUGCAUGCUUCAGCUGGACCUGGUCUUGCAGAAGAAUGUACCUCAUUGGGAGGCUGCCGAACAGGAAUGGCAAAAGUGACAAAUGCUUAUGAGCUUCCUGCUAGGAGGGUAAUACAUACUGUGGGUCCCAAGUAUGCUGUAAAAUACCAUACUGCUGCAGAGAAUGCUCUAAGCCAUUGCUAUCGCUCUUGCCUUGAGCUUCUAAUAGAAAAUGGGCUCAAGAGCAUUGCUAUGGGAUGUAUAUAUACAGAAGCGAAAAAUUACCCACGUGAACCAGCUGCUCAUGUGGCAAUAAGAACCGUAAGGCGGUUCAUCGAGAAACAGAAAGAUAAAGUAGAAGCAGUUGUUUUUUGUACUACUACAUCACAAGAUACAGAGAUUUAUAAAAGAUUGCUUCCACUCUAUUUUCCUCGGGAUAAGCAUGAGGAGGAAGUUGCCCUUUUAAAACUUCCAGCAGAUGUUGGGGAUGAGAAUGGGGAGACAACUAUAGAUGAACGUAAAAUUAGAAUAAAACCGUUACCAAAUGCAAAAAAGUCCAAUCCAAGGAUUCCCCAGGCCUCUGUUGAUUUGUCUAUCAGUAAUGUUGGUUUGACCAGGAGCUCAUCUUAUUUGGAUGCUUUUCUGGAUCCUGCUUUUAUGUCCCUGAUCAAGGACCCAGAUCAGCGACGGAGAGAACAAUGGGAAAAAACUGCCCAAGCACAAACUAGUUGGAACUUCUUUAAAAUGCUUGGAUAUGGUAACAUCGCAGGACCUCCUUUGUCACCUGCAGAAGAAUAUUCGCUUCAUUCGAGAUAUCUUGCAAAAGCAAAUACUCUGAAUCUUUCAGAAAUUGCAGAAAUGAAAAUUGUCUACCGAGGAGGGGUUGACAGUGAAGGUCGUCCAGUAAUGGUUGUUGUGGGAGCACAUUUCCUGCUGAGAUGUCUUGAUCUUGAGAGAUUUAUUAUCCACGUUGUAAAGGAGUUCGAACCAUUGAUACAGAAGCCUUACUCUAUUGUGUACUUCCAUUCUGCUGCAACUUUACAGAUGCAACCAGAUCUAGGAUUAAUGAAGAGAAUACAACAAAUACUUGGUCGAAAACACCAGCGCAACCUUCAUGCAAUAUAUGUUCUUCACCCUACCUUUGGACUGAAGAGUGCAAUUGUUGCAUUACAACUCUUUGUGGAUAAUGUGGUAUGGAAGAAAGUAGUAUAUGUAGAUCGUCUUCUGCAACUAUUCCGUUAUGUUCCUCGCGAGCAGCUGACUAUUCCAGAUUUUGUAUUCCAGCAUGAUUUGGAAGUAAAUGGAGGGAAGGGCCUAAUUGUGGAUCCUAGAACAAAGUAUGUUUAUCAGAGACCAUAGUGCCAUGUCAAGUGAGCUUCGACUCAAACUUCAUCGGGACAUCCGAUAGAAAAAAAGAAGAAGAAAUAGAUGCUGUAGCAAGCUUGUGGGUUUUUAUUUUCAGUUUAUUGCUUUUAUCUUCUUCUUCUUCUGCUUCUUCUUUUUUUUUUUUUUUUUUUUUUUUUUAUAGACUUGUAUCUGUUUUGUGCAUUAUUAGCAGUCAUUUAGGUAAUUUUGUCUGUAAUUUGAUUUAUUUAUGCAACCAUAUGUUCAGUCCUUUGUGUGCAAAUGGCAGUAAAUUUCUUUAUUUAUGUGACAUUUUCCCUUCUAUGAGA